CUCGCUCCUCUCAGGCCCCCAUGCAGGCCCCGCCCAGGCCCCGCUCUCGCAGGUUGUCGCGAGGUUUGAGGCCGCGGGCCUGGCCCGGGCGGCUGCAAUAUGGCGGAGGCGGAAGGAGAGAGCCUGGAGUCCUGGCUGAAUAAGGCCACCAAUCCUUCCAACCGCCAGGAGGACUGGGAAUACAUAAUCGGCUUCUGUGAUCAGAUCAACAAGGAGCUGGAAGGGCCACAGAUCGCUGUCCGACUGCUGGCCCAUAAGAUCCAGUCCCCACAGGAAUGGGAGGCAGUCCAGGCCCUGACGGUGCUGGAGGCCUGUAUGAAGAACUGUGGGCGGAGAUUUCACAACGAAGUGGGCAAGUUCCGGUUCUUGAAUGAGUUGAUCAAAGUCGUCUCUCCAAAGUACCUGGGGGACAGGGUGUCUGACAAAGUGAAGACCAAGGUUAUUGAGCUGCUUUAUAGCUGGACUUUGGCCCUGCCGGAAGAAUCAAAGAUCAAAGAUGCUUACCACAUGCUGAAGAGACAGGGCAUAGUGCAGUCUGACCCCCUGAUCCCUGUGGACAGGACCCUGAUCCCUUCUCCACCGCCUCGUCCCAAAAACCCUGUGUUUGAUGACGAGGAGAAAUCCAAGCUUUUAGCCAAAUUGUUGAAAAGCAAAAACCCAGAUGACCUGCAAGAGGCCAACAAGCUGAUCAAGUCCAUGGUGAAGGAAGAUGAGGCACGGGUCCAGAAGGUGACCAAGCGCCUGCACACCUUAGAGGAGGUGAACAACAACGUGAAGCUGCUAAGUGAGAUGCUGCUUCAUUACAGCAAGGAGGAUUCGUCGGAAGCAGAUAAAGAGCUCAUGAAGGAGCUGUUCGAUCGGUGUGAGAGUAAGAGGCGGACGUUAUUUAAACUAGCCAGUGAGACAGAAGACAAUGACAGUAGUUUGGGAGACAUCCUGCAGGCCAGUGACAACCUCUCCCGAGUCAUCAGCUCCUAUAAAGCAAUCAUUGAAGGGCAGGCCAUCAAUGGUGAGGUGGCCACCCCAUCCCUGUUGGACUCGGAAGGACAUCACCACUCCAGGGACCAAGGCACUCUCAUCGACCUUGCAGAGUUGGAUGCACCAGGCAGCUCAGCCCCCGUUUUGGCCCCCACACCACCCUCCUCCGGCAUCCCUAUCCUCCCUCCACCGCCCCUGGCCUCAGGACCUGGGCGCAGCCGCUCGUCCAGCCAGGCCGAGGCCCCCCCAGGGCCCAGCAACACAAGCAAUGCCCUCUCCUUGCUGGAUGAAGAGCUGCUCUGCUUGGGUGGUAGAGCUGGGGCUGCCCUUGUGCAAGGCCUCUGCUCCUCACAGCCAUCUCUGUUCUCAGGCCUUGCUGACCCAGCCCCUAAGGCUCCUCCCAAAGAGUCCGCUGGAAACGGCCAGUGGCCCCUGUUCCAGAAUGAACAGUCGGACCUGGACUUCUUCAGCCCCAAACCUGGGACUGCUGCUUGUAGCCCCUCAGACGGGCCUGUCCUCCAGCCCUCAGCAGCCCCUGCAGGCAACUCCCAGCCUCCACUGCCACCCCCCUUCCCAGCUCCUGUGGUCCCAGCCAGUGUUUCUGCUCCAAAAACAGGCUUUUUGUUCCCCACUGGACUGGCCCCCGCUUCGACCCCAAAAGCUGAGCCCACAGUCCCUGGGUACCAUGGCUCAGCUUUGAGUGACAGCUCCCUGCACCAGUUGGAUGCCCUCGAUCAGCUUUUAGAAGAAGCCAAAGCGACCUCAGGCCUGGUGAAACCCAUCUCCUCCAUCUUCCCUGGGGCCACCGCCUCCCCUCUGAUCCCCAGCGGCACUUCAGCUAGGCCUCUCCUGCCGUUCUCCACGGGGCCUGGCAGCCCUCUCUUCCAGCCACCUGUCUUCCCAUCCCAGGAGAGCCCCAUGAAGGGGCCUGAGCUCUCCCUGGCCAGUGUCCAUGUCCCUCUGGAAUCUAUCAAGCCUAGCAGUGCCCUUCCUGUGACAGCCUAUGAUAAAAACGGCUUCCGCAUCCUCUUCCACUUCGCCAAGGAAUGUCCGCCAGGACGGCCCGAUGUGUUGGUGGUGGUUGUGUCCAUGCUGAAUACAGCUCCUUUGCCUAUAAAAAGCAUCGUGCUGCAGGCCGCAGUGCCCAAGUCAAUGAAAGUGAAGCUGCAGCCACCCUCUGGGACGGAACUCGCUCCAUUUAGCCCCAUCCAGCCACCUGCAGCCAUCACCCAGGUCAUGCUGCUGGCUAAUCCACUGAAGGAGAAGGCGAGGCUUCGGUAUAGACUGACCUUCGCCCUUGGGGAGCAGCUGAGCACAGAGGUGGGUGAGGUGGACCAGUUCCCUCCUGUGGAGCAGUGGGGGAACCUAUGACCCUGAAGGAUGCGGUCAUCUCCCCUCUGAAGCCCAAGUAGGCUGCCCGAGACAGGAGGGCUCUCCGGGUCGUCGUUCUCCACGUCCUGACCACAGCGCGUGAGCUUUGGUAUGGAACAGGCCCUGGGCCUUGCUGCCAGGAGCUGAACUGCCGUGAUGGUCUCUCCUCCUUUGGCCCCGUAAGAGGACUUGUUUGUAUCUACCUGUGUGACUCAAAGUGGCCAUGUACUGUUGGGCGGGAUGUGGCCCGGACUCUGCACGGUCUCCCUGGGAACAGAAAGCUGGAGUAGGUCUUCCCUGGUGUUGGCACUUGCUGCCUGCCGCAAGGGAGGAGUCUCUGAAGACUUGGGGUCCUUCCUGAAGGACCAGGUCCUCACCCCCCACCCCCACCAUGCUACUCUGUGCUCCCCUUGCUGGCAGUCUCCUACCUCCAGGAAGGUGGUCCCAAACGGGCCCGGGCCCGAGAAAGGAGUGGGUGCUGCCUUCCAGUCAGUACCACGGCCACUGGAUAGUGUAUGCCUGUCUCUGGUGAUGGCAAGCUGUGUCCUUUGGACAGCUCAGCAGGACAUGGAGCUCGGCCUAUCAGAAACAGAACUUGGCCCCAAAGUAGCUAAACUAAGGAUAGGAGCAAAACAGAAGAGAACCAUUGAUUCCCCUUCUCCGAAACAGGUACUCGGAGCUUUCUGCAAAAAGUUUGCCUCCCACCGUGGGAACAGGCAGCCUAUUCACUACCUCUUGCUUGGCAUGAAAUAAACUGCUGUCUUGCCCUUCGAGCCUCUGAAGGGAGGACAAUUCCUGCCCCCCCCUGUACAUCUUCUUGCCUUGGCCUCCCCCUACCCCCAAAGAGCCUGUCAGAACACAAGUUAGACAGGAGGCCUCAGGGUCAGGCAAUUGCACUAGACUUACCUGCUGCCCAGAAACUGACUGUCCCAGCUGCUGAGGGUACUGUCAGCGAGAUGUUGGGUCUGGAGAUGGUGAGAUUGGGGGCCAUGCUUGAAUCGAGUCACCAGACCUUAUUGCUUCAACAGUGCUCGGCCCCAGCUAGCUUGUGCCAGCCUGUAGGCCUUCCAGGGCAACAGGAAAGCAGGACCACCACUGGGGAAAGAGGACACAGCUCGCCUGAAUUCAGCUGGACGGGCUCAGAGCCAUCUCCAGGGAAAGGUGGCACAGCCUCGUUCCCAGAUCCCUCCCUGUUCCUUGCCAGACUUCCUUCCUCUUUCAAGAGGUCAUCUUCCCUUCCCUCCCGCCUUUGGCAAGCAGGUUUCACUGCUUUGUUAAGAUAGGUCAAAAGUGAAUUGAUUUCACUGCUUAUGGAAUAAAUCCAAGAGUUUUCCAGAGACUGGCUGCCGCAGCCUGGGAAAGUCUGGGAUCACUACAUGGAAGUGUACCUUUACAAUAAGACUUGGACGUUAAAAUUGUUUAUGAAUGUUACUGUUUCAUGACAAACAGCUAUACUUAUAUCAACUUUGCCCUUAUUUUACUGCAUGUUAAAUAAAACCAUUUUCACCCU